UUAUUUUUUCUAUUCAUACUUUUCGCAAUUUUUUAUCGACUUCGGAGAAGAUCAGUAAGAAAUGACGCUCAAAUAGAUCAAGCUAGCGCUACCGAUGUUGGAAAAAAUUUAUUUUCAAUCUGGAAUUACGAUGGGAAAAUUGCAUUUGAAGACAUAAUUGAAGCAACGGAGAAUUUUGAUACGAAAUACUGCAUCGGAACAGGAGGAUACGGGAGCGUUUACAAAGCAGAGCUGUCUAAUGGCCAGGUUGUAGCCGUGAAGAAACUUCACUCGCCAGAUGAAGAUUCUGAGUUAGUUGACAUGAAAUCUUUUGAAAGCGAAGUGAAUGCAUUGACAGAAACUCGUCACAGGAACAUCGUGAAGCUUUUUGGUUUCUGUUCUAAUCCAGAACGACGGAUAUCAUUUUUGGUGUAUGAGUUCAUGGAGAGGGGAAGCUUGAAAACUGUUUUAUCUGAUGGAGAACGAGCAGUGAAGUUCGAUUGGACAAAGCGGAUCAGGUUCAUCAAUGGAACAGCUAAUGCACAUGCUUACAUGCACCAUGAUUGCGUACCUGCAUUAGUCCAUAGGGACUUAACGAGCAAUGUCUUGUUAGAUUCAGAAUAUGGUGCUCGUGUGUCUGAUUUUGGUACUGCGAGAAUGUUGAAACCAGAUUCAUCCAACUGGACAUCACUUGCUGGAACCUUUGGAUAUAUUGCUCCAGAGCUUGCUUAUACCAUGAAGGUAACUGAGAAGUGCGAUGUUUAUAGCUUUGGGGUUCUAAUAUUUGAAGUACUAAUGGGGAGGCAUCCAUCUGAAGUCAUCACACUGCUCUCUGAUUUACUUCUUCCAUCUUCAUCUUUGAUUCCAACGGAGACGGAUCAAAAGCUGAGAGACAUCCUGGACCAACGCAUCGAAGCUCCAGGUAAUGGUCUUCAGAAAGAAAUAAUGUACAUUGCCAAGGUUGGGAUUUCAUGCUUACGCGGUGAUCCAAAUACUCGGCCAACUAUGCAAGAAAUAUCGGUCGAGCUAUCAUUGUCAGCCAAGAGUAGGCCAUCUUUGGCAAAGCCUUUGGAAACUAUCACAUUAGGAGACGUACCCAUAUUGUCUGAUGAAUUUGUGUAA